UUCCACAGGGUCACUUCUCUUGUGCCAUCCUCUCCAUCACAACGCAUCUCUCGUCACAGUUACCAGUGAGAAUACUUCCUGGAACGCAAGAACAAUCUCUGACCAUUUUAUUCUUUACGUCUGUAGUCGAAGUGAAGGCUGUUCUCAUUCUUUGCCACUACAUAUCUUGCAAGCAAUCACCAUAAGUCAAAAAAUUAUGUAUCUUCAGGCCUUCACUAUUGGGCUCGGCUUCCUGACUGUUUUUGCUCAACCAACUGAGUUACCAACUAAAAAUAUCGACAUAUUGGAGACUCUAAUUGACUGCGUGCAAAAUUAUAACGCGACUGCACAUCAAUUAGAGGCGAAGAAGAGUGAUCAUAAAGCAACGGAAGGGAGAUCAAACUGUCUAGAAUCAUGCUUCAGAGAAUUACGCGAAAAUCUAACAAAAACUGGAGUGUUCACCGAUAAAGAAGUGGUGGAAAAGAUUUCCAAAGAGUCGUCGGGGGAUAGUCAUCUCAAAUCCGCCGUGAUUUCAUGUACAAAAGACCGAAACGCUGAAGGGGUUGAUGACUGCAAAUCGACAAGGCGUCUCCUUGAUUGCUUAAAACAGAAGAUAGAUUGCCCAAACAGGAACGAUUGCAUUUUGAGAAUUCUAUUCACCGUGAAUGGUGCCUGAGAAUGCAAACACUCGGUAUCAUGUUUGUAUUCAAGUCAAUACGCCACAUCCUCUCGCAAUUUAACUGAAGACACAGGAGUUUAUCUGCUUCUUGCAGAAUGUUCUGAUGAUGAUGAUAUAUGACGAACGCUUAGAACCAGCCACAUAAUAUCCUGCAGAUGAUUAUGCAUCGGAAAGAUUAUCAACUGCAGCAACAUAUGAACUGCAUUUUUAACUUUAUUCAUGAUAUUGUAAUCAUUCUUAAUAAAUUAUAAAAAUCUCAA